CACACACGCGCACACUGGCCCCCGCGCGCACACGCACGGAGGGCGCGAGCGAGCAGACGCGCACACCCGGCGAGCCAAGUUCCGCAGCCUGGCAUGGCUUCUGGGGACCUUUACGAGGUGGAAAGGAUCGUGGACAAGAGGAAGAACAAGAAGGGCAAGUGGGAGUACCUCAUCCGAUGGAAAGGCUAUGGCAGCGCCGAGGACACCUGGGAGCCCGAGCACCACCUGCUGCACUGCGAGGAGUUCAUCGACGAGUUCAACGGGCUGCCCGUGCCCCGGGACAAGCGCGCCAAGGCCGGGAAGCAGCCGGGUGCCGGCAAGCUCCUGCGCGACAGCCGGGGCCCUGGCGACAAGCUGGCCCCGCGGCCCGCAGAGCCCGGCAAGAGCAAGGCGGCCUCGCACAAGCGGAAGCGCAUCAACCCUCCGCUGGCCAAGCCCAAGAAAGGGUGUGCAGGCAAGUCCCCCGGGCCGGGGGGCGACAGGGCCGCCAAGACCGUGUCCUACCGGACUACCCCUAGUGGCUUGCAAAUCAUGCCCCUGAAGAAGGCUCAGAACGGCCUGGAGAACGGGGACGGGGACGGUGGCUCCGAGAAGGACGAGAGGCACUUUGGGAACGGGUCCCUUCAGCCUGAUGUGGAUUUGGAUGACCCGGUUGGAGAGCAGGAUGCUGUGGACUGCGACGGGACCCACUCCGUGCUGGUGGAGAACGGGCUCGGUUCUGCACUGACCAACGGGGGGCUGAGCCUGCACAGCCCCAUGAAGAGGAAGCUGGAGACAGAAAAGGAUUACGUCUUUGACAAGAGGCUCAGGUACAGCGUCCGGCAGAACGAGAGCAACUGUCGGUUUCGAGACAUCGUGGUGCGGAAGGAGGAGGGCUUCACACACAUCCUGCUGUCCAGCCAGACCUCAGACAACAACGCGCUGACCCCGGAGAUCAUGAAGGAGGUCCGGCGAGCACUGUGCAACGCGGCCACAGACGACAGCAAGCUGCUGCUGCUCAGCGCGGUGGGGAGCGUGUUCUGCAGUGGCCUGGACUACUCCUACCUGAUUGGCCGGCUGUCCAGUGACCGGCGGAAGGAGAGCACUCGAAUUGCAGAAGCCAUCAGGGACUUUGUGAAGGCCUUUAUUCAGUUUAAGAAGCCUAUUGUGGUGGCCAUCAACGGGCCAGCCCUGGGCCUGGGUGCCUCCAUUCUGCCUCUCUGUGACAUCGUGUGGGCCAGCGAGAAGGCCUGGUUUCAGACACCCUACGCCACCAUCCGCCUCACGCCCGCUGGCUGCUCCUCCUACACCUUCCCCCAGAUCCUGGGUGUGGCGCUGGCUAACGAGAUGCUAUUCUGCGGGCGGAAGCUCACGGCCCAGGAGGCCUGCAGCAGAGGCCUGGUGUCCCAAGUCUUCUGGCCCACCACAUUCAGCCAGGAGGUCAUGCUGCGGGUCAAGGAGAUGGCGUCCUGCAGUGCCGUGGUGCUGGAGGAGUCCAAGUGUCUGGUGCGGAGCUUCCUGAAGUCGGUGCUGGAGGACGUGAACGAGAAGGAGUGCCUCAUGCUCAAGCAGCUCUGGAGCUCCUCCAAAGGCCUGGACUCCCUGUUCAGCUACCUGCAGGACAAGAUCUACGAGGUCUGAAGGGCUCCGGCUCACUUGUGCCCGCGCUCAGGGCACCUGACUUCCAGCUCAGCCCCGGGUUCCCGCCACCGAGCCCAGCGUGGCCCUGGCCAAGGAGUCUGUUGAGCUGUCUCUGUCCCUAGGGUCGUGUCCAUUUCCUUGUGUCCUCUGGUCGUCCUCAUUGGCUUGAUUCUGUGUA